AGAGAGAGAGAGAGCCUGAAACAUCGACGCAGUGAAUUCAAGAGUUUGGAAAAUACACACGGGCUGGGAGUUUAAUUUUUCACUGUCGACGCAAAGAAGACUUUUUGUGUGUUUUUGAAUCGUUUUUGUGUGAGCGGGCUGGUCGACAUGUCUGUCAGCGGGCUGGUUUCGGUGGCUUUGUUCCUUCUGGCUGCGACAGGUGUAAGUGGCUUUACAGUCACUACCUCCCAAGCCGAUGUGCAGGUGAAAGAGAAUGAUGGCACUGACCUCACGUGUUCGUAUUCAGCUGACUUUGGUUCAAAUGCCAGAGUUGAGUGGAAGUUUAGGGACCUAAAAGGCUCACAGAUGUACGUGAUUUUCGAUGGCAAAACAACAACACCCUAUGCGGGCAGAGUGACGAUGUACAAUGGCAAUAAUCUAAGAUUUUCCAAAGUGACCCGUAAGGACAAUGGAGCAUACGACUGUGAGGUUUCUGGCAACGGACAGUUUGGGGAAGCCAAAGUGAAGCUGACUGUUCUGGUGCCUCCGUCUCCACCCGUGUGUAGGGUUCCCACCUCUGUGACGACGGGCAGUACCGUAAUCUUAUCCUGCCAUGACGGCGACGGCUCACCUCCACCUACAUACAAUUGGUACAAAGAUGGCACCCUUCUGCCUUCAGAACCUAACAAGAUUCAAGCCUUCAAGAACUACACCUACAAGCUAAAUCCAGCCACUGGUGAACUGGCAUUUGCCCCUGUGCGCAAGAUGGACUCCGGUAAGUACUACUGCGAGUCUGUCAACCCAGCUGGUCCCCCUAAGAGCUGUAAAGCCAUAACAAUGGAAGUCCGUGACGUAAACACUGGAGGAAUUGUUGCUGGAGUAAUCGUGGCUCUGCUGCUGCUGGCCCUGCUGGGACUCGGCAUUUGGUAUGCCAACAAGAAAGGAUACCUGCCCAAAAAGACUGAAAGCAAACCAAAGACGAACGUGGUCUACCAGCCUCCAUCAUUGUAUGGCGGUGAAGAUGAAGAUGGAGAUUUCAAACAGAAGUCAUCGUUUGUGGUAUAGUCUGCACCAAACAGUGAUGAGGGCAACACCUUGGUUUUAAAUGACUCGGCAUGGAUCAUUCCUGGGGGUUUAAGUGACGUCUUCUUUUUUAUUGACUCUGAAGUUGCAGUUUUUAUAGACCAGUGUGAUUGUUUGACUUGACCUGAACUGUCUACUUUCGGAUUUCUGAUGCAUUAAUGUGUGGCGUUUUUAAGUUAUAGGAAAUAAUUUACCACAGACUUGCAAUGAGCCCUGUUUUUUUCAAGGCGAGUUGUGGAUUAAUAGUGACCAUUUUUAGCCUUGGACAUUUUUCAACUUAUGGAGCAUGUGUUUCUGCGUGAUUCUGUUAUUUUUGUAAAUUUUUUUGUUUUGUUCAAAUGAUUCAUCUACAGUACACAGUACAGAUACUACCCAUACAUGUAAAAGGAAAAAAAUCAGGUUUAUUCAUGUAUUUAGUUAUUUCUCUAAGCAAUAUGAACAGAUGGAAUAGUUAUACUAACAAACAGUGCCUUGAAAAAAUGCUAGUCACAUUUUUAUUACAUUUGCUGACCCCAUGACCUUAAUUUCCUCCAGCACAACUCUCUUAUCAGUCAGUCUGUGAAUCUGUGAGCUGAAAUGUUGAUGGAGCUAGAAUAUCAUCAUUUUUUUUCCUUUUAACAAACCACAAAACUGUUGAACAACAUUCUUUGUCUAAAUAAAAUGUAUUUGUUUUCUCUGCCUUGUAAAUAACUAAAACGUUUUUACUCUGUAGUUCAGAAUGAUUUGUUAACAGCUGUUGUCUGUAAUAUUCCAUCCUUUACUGGCAUUUAUAUCAUUAACACUUAAUGUGCACGUUCUCUUAAACUUAUUUGUAGGUUAACUUGCCUUAUAUUUGCUUGAUAGUUUUGUCUGAGACAGUUCAAUAAACUUCCUGCUAAAAGCAAACAUGGCAGCUCUGAUGCUGCAGAUUUCAAGGAAUUGGACACGAACAGUAAGUGAUGACAAGUGAAACAUGCAAAAUGUUUAUCAGCAUGUUUGUGUGAAUGUGAAGCCUCAUCGUGGUGAUCACCCCAACUGUUCUGAUGUGAACGUCAUAAUAUUGGUUCUGUCGUCUACCUCUGGACAUUAAAACCCAAACAUUCAGUAAUUCUCAGGUCAUGUCUUUAACUGGUCAGAUAUCAAUACAUACCAUGACUUUUCAAAUUGCUUGACCUUUCAUAAGGCUGUAACUUUGCUUUCUAUAUAUUGAAUAAUAAAAUGCGGUUAAAUUGA